AUAGAUUCUCUGGCGAUAGCUCAUUCAGAACGGAGCUUCGAAGGUGCAAUUUUGCCAUUUUUACGUGUCACGUUUAGGUGUUCUGGGGCAUCGACUGUUGUGUGUGGCAAGUUGUAGUCAUGGCACUUACCCCAGCACACUUCCGUGGUUUAGUAGAAGAAGAAACGAAGCGUUUGACGAGCACGUGCCGUCAUUGGGAGGGCGUCAUUGCUUCCCAACCCGAUAUAUCCGAGGAAGCACAAGGUUACAUCAGGAGUGCAACAGGACAAGCGAAGUUGCUCAUGAACGAGCGGUUUUCACAGUUCACCGGACUUAUUCACAUUUGCGAGAACAACCUCGGAGAGAAGAAAACUACUUGCGAAGACCUUCAAGGUUUCUGGGACAUGGUUUAUUUCCAGGUAGAAGAUGUUAACAAGAAGUUUGAUCAGCUUGCCAAGAUGCAAGAAAAUGCAUGGGAACUUGGUCAAAAGGCAGACGCUGACAAGGCAUACAUGCCGAAAGUUGGACUCGGAACUAAAAGUGUGAAGGCCACAAAACCUGUAGCAACGAAAUGCGUGCCCACAGAGGUACAGAAAGCAAGGAUUGCAGCAUCACGAAAACGUCUUGCUGAAGCAAAAGCUCGCAUGGCUACCACAGUUACUAAAGAAGCACCUGCUGAAACUGCUGACAAAGAGAAUGCUGUCCUCUUCGAAGCACCAAACUUCUUUCUUGUAUCAAGCCCUGCUCGGUCAAAGCAAAAUAAACCAAGAUGCCCUCAAGGAACACCAAGGAGCCUUCAAAAAACUCCGAAGCAAAGGGAUUUUUCGCCACUGGCAUGUGUUACACGAUCAGCAAAAAAAGCACUGCUUCAGCAUAACUGAGG